AUGGGUAUAAUCACACGUGUCGAAUCAUCCGAUUGGGGGACACCCAUUGUGCCGGUUGUCAAACCCAAUGGUUCAGUCAGAAUAUGUGCUGACUACAAGGUGACUUUGAACAAAGACGAACAUUACCCUAUACCUCGGAUCGAUGAUAUCAUGUCAAAGAUGCAUUGUGGAAAGAUAUUUUGUACUCUUGAUAUCAGCAAUGCAUACUUGCACAUAGAGAUGGACAAAGACAGUGCCAUCAUGCAAACAAUCAGUACUCAUAAAGGGCUGUUUAAAGUGAACAGAUUAAUGUUUGGUGUAAAAGUGGCACUCUUGUUAUGGCAAAGAUUCAUGGACAAAACAUUACAUAACUUAGAAGGCGUACAAUGUUUCUUUGACGACGUAAUUGUCCAAGGAUCUAACAGGGAACAGCUUCUUCGCCGACUGGAACAGGUGUUUGAACGACUGAAGUUAAAUGAUUUGAGGCUAAAUAGGGAAAAGUAUGACCUCUCGAAGUACCACAUAAAUCAACUGGAAACACUCAAUAUCAACAGUACCGUGGUGGCUAAGGAAACUCUCAACGAUGCUGUUUUGGGUCCAGUCCUACAGGCCUUAAAAUUGGGACAAUCUGUUGAACAAUACGGAUUUCACGAUAAUGAGCUGUCCAUUCAAGAUGAUUGUGUACUGAAGGGCUGGAGAGUCAUGAUACCUCAAUCUCUCAGACCUCAUGUGCUUCGAGAACUACACGUAGCUCAUUUAGGAGGAAUAAAAAUGAAGGCUUUAGCUCGCAGUUUUUGCUGGUGGAAAUGUAUACACAAGGAUAUUGAAGAGAUGGUAGCUGAAUGUCGACAAUGCAUUGAAAAAUGCAACAACCCGAGAAAAACUAUCCAUCCAUGGGAACAACCUUCUAACCCAUGGGAGAGGGUGCACAUUGAUUUCUUAGGACCAACAGAUGGCCAACAGUACCUGAUAUUAGUGGAUGCCUUUAGUAAGUGGGUGGAGGUGAUACAGACAAAAACAACUACAAGUACAUGGACAGUCCAAGAAUUACGGAAAAUCUUCUCAACUUUUGGGUUUCCUCACAUCUUAGUUUCAGAUAAUGGAAGACAGUUUGUUUCUCAAGAGUUCAAAAACUUCAUGAAUGAAUGUGGGAUUAUUCACAGAACAACGGCACCAUACCAUCCAAACUCAAACGGCCAGGCUGAAAGAUACGUACAGACUGUCAAGAAGGUGUUAAAAUCCAUGGAGGGAGAAAAGGGUACGCUGCAAAAUAAAAUACAAAGACUCUUAAUGCAGCUCAGGCAAUCCCCGAAUUCAACUGGUACAUCAGCAUACCACAUAAUGUUUGGAAGGAGUGUACAAACAAACCUUGCAAUAAUUGUUCCAACAUUAGAACCGAACAAAUAUCAGAAGAAGGGAGUCCAAGUCGGUAUAAAAAGGAAUUUCAAAGUUGGAGAUAAAGUGAAAGCGCGGAAAUAUGUCAAUGGUUCGUCCAAGUGGUAUUCGGGCUAUAUAACUAAAAAGCAAGGACAUGUAAUGUACGUAGUUCAGCUAGAAGAUGGACGAAUAAUAAGAAGACAUGUUGACCAGCUGAUUCUUCGUAAAGUGCAGCAGCACAGUAAAUAG